AUGCAUCUACUCUACGCCCUCGCCGCCCUGCUCUGCACCCUCGUGGCAGCAGGCGAGCUCGACACGAGCUGCAAAGUCAGCGUCAACUGCAUGACGAGCCUCACGCGCAACGACGUGACCGACUACAUCGCCAAGCUGGUCAGCAAGCUCCCCGGCGACGGCAAGAAGACGACGUACUACGCCAACGGGCAGAACAUUGUGUGCCGGCAGUACGCGCUGGGCCGGCACGGCUUCUGCCUCUUCUUCGAGGGCGUCAAGGACGGCGGCGUGCGCACGGCCCGCACCGCCAAGCGCCUGAUGGGCAAGAUCCAGGAGGUGAGCGACAAGGGCGCGGAUCGCGGCUGCGGGAGCCGCUGCGGCAUGGUGUGGGAUAAGAGCUGGGGAGGGGGCGUGCUCAAGCUGGACUACGUUACGGAUUCGUGCGUGGAUAUCUGUGAUGCUGGUGGGCGCAUGAAGCCACGGCCGGGCCAGCCUGCGAUGCAGUAA